CCGGCGAGAUCGAUGAAGUUUAGAGCAACCCCAUCAAAUCCGCCUUGCCCAUCCGCCAACAAACAUGCCUGACACUCAGGCUUUUCAUGUCGUUCCACCAUUUCUAGCAGCCAGCAGUCAAAGAUGUCUCAGUCGGAACCCAACGACCCAACUGGCUUGACGUGUGCUCUCCUCUUUCUUACAAGCCCACAUAUGAUAGUCCCAUCAUUUUAUAAGAAGAUCGCGCUCAACUCGUUUCAAACCUCACUAGGAUUUACUGGCUUUACUGCCGGAUUAAGCGACAAUGUGUUUUUGUUAAAACUGCGGCCGUGAGUGGACCGAAAAAAGCGGUUAUGGGCCAUACGUUGCAAGGACAGCUGCUUGAAAAUGGAUCAGUAGUGAUUGAGGGCUAUGGGACAGUGACCACGGAUGAAUACAGAGGCGCAGUGAUUAGUGCGUUUUAUUAUCUUCACGAGCCGUCAAAGUUAAUCGUCCUCGCUCUUUAUUGCAUCGUUUUCUUGGUAGCUGCUGUUACCAAUCUUCUUGUCAUUGUCGUCAUCUUUCGUUAUCAGCAUCUUCACAGUGUCACCAAUUAUUUUCUGGUCAACUUGUCGGUGGCAGAUCUUCUGGUGACGUUGAUUUGCAUGCCAAUGGCCAUGUCGCAAAACAUUACGGUUAUUUGGUUCUACGGGCUUUUUAUGUGCAAGUUUGCCACCUAUCUCCAAGGAGUGGCUGCCAGUUCCAGCAUGUUUUCCAUUCUAGCCAUGAGCAUAGACCGAUACUUUGCCAUUCGUCACCCGAUCGUCUUUCGACAAUUUUUCAACAAACGCGUAGCACGGUGCGUCAUUCUUUCUAUUUGGGUGGUAGCUAGCCUCGUCUUUGUGCCCGUUCUUGUCGUCCAACACGAAGAGACAAUCACUCUUCGCGGAGAAAAAAGUGAACUCGUUAUUUGCAAGGUCUGCGAACAAGGCUGGGAAGAAAACUGGAACAAAAUAGCGUACAGUAUUUUUUUGUUUGUCGCCACCUACGUCCUGCCCGUCUUGCUAGUUGUCACUGCUUACGUCCGUAUGGGGUGCAAAUUGUGCACGCCCAGCAUCCUGACCAACAAUCACGAUGGAGGUGAAAUAAUCCUGAACAGGGAUUCUCGAUUGCUGAACUGCCGCCGUCGUGUAGCUCGUACUCUCUUGAUUAUAGCGGUCGUGUUUGCCGUUUGUUGGAUGCCCUACAGCCUGACGCAGCUGUUCCUCGACACGAUGGAGAACGACCAAUUAAAAGAAAUGGAUAAAGCGGCACCCCACCUGUUGAUGGUUCAUUCCUUCAGUUUGUGGCUGGGUCACGCUAAUUCUGCAAUCAAUCCGCUUCUUUAUUGCGUUUUGUCACGCAACAUCCGCCAAUCGGUCGCAAAUCUCUUUCGUCCAACCGGGAGAAACCUACGGAACAGUUCGGAACCCGUUGAAAUGUUGAGACGUCGAGCUCCUGUCAAUAAAAACCGAGGGCCAAUAGUAAAAAAUGGCGGAUCAAACUUGAAUCACUGCCAGCCUGAUCCGCAGUCUCAUCAAGAACAUCGAACCAUUGAAAAUCCGCCUGAAAGAGAUUUGAUCGUCAUGAACCGUCUAUCACCGCUAACUCCGCCGUCUAUUAAAAGGCUGAUGGGAUCACACACACAGAGCUUUAUCACCAUAGCGCUGUUGCCCAUGAAAAUUGUUUCGUUCGACAAACUAAUGCAACAUUCAAAUAAAUCAACAGCGAUCGCGGCAAAGAGUGUAGGAGAUCCUGGAGACAUGGAAGAUUUGGAUUCGACACCCAAUAACUUCUACUCCAUUUAAACAGAUAUUACAUUAUUGGAUGUCAAGUUGCAUUACUGUCGUCGCUGUGACAACCAGCCACGAUCAAUCCCAAUCCUCCUCUCACAUCCAAAAUCAAAUCUGACACCUGCUGUCUGAAUAGCAGAUAAAAGAACGCAUUUUUCUUUGCCGACAUUCUUCUUUUUAAUAUUGACUCUUUUCUCUGUCUCUUUUAUAACUCACAAACUUCUAUUUCUGAGAGCUUAUGUAUUAUAUUCAUUUGCCGGGUGUUUAUUUUACAAUUUUACCUGGAAAAUCCAUCUUCGUCAUGAAAGGUACAUUGAUCCAAUUGCUCCCACAUCUCUUCACCUCGACACGAAUUCUCAUUUAAGAUAAUAAAAAUAAAACUGUCCCAGUUCACACAACACUUUCAAACUCGUAAUCAACCUUGGUCAAUUCGUAUUAGCCUCUGCCAAUAAUAAGUCACUCUAGACUUUGAUCUCUACCUCUUCAUUUAUGAUUAUACCCACCAGUAUCGUAUCCCAAAAUCUGAAUCACCAAAUACUUUGAGAAUUUCUUUGCCACUUUACGUAUAUUCACUUAAUACAAACGACAUAAUGCUCUGUUGUCUCGAUUUAUAUGUCUGUAUUUUAACUAUUGAUGUUUACGUGUUCU